AUGGUGCUCUCGCCCGAGUGGCUGACAGCAGCGGACGUCCUGGCGAGCGACGAGGCGGCCGUCGAGCUCGUCACCUCGGGCGCCUCCGCGCAGCUCUGCUUCCCCAGCGACUGGCCUCGCGUCUUCAGCACGAGCAAGCCGCUCCGGGCGCUGGUCAACGGCACGCUCCGCGGUGUGCGCUGCCGCGCCGUCGCCGUCGACGCCAGCGGCGAGCGCGAGCCGGCGAGCAGCUUCCAGCGCGCGGCGCAGCUCGCUGCCUCGAGCGACGCAACGCUCGUCAAGGGCUUCGUCGUGUACGAGCUCGCUGAUGGGCCGCGCGGGUGCGCAUUCGUCGCCAUCCGCCGCUGGUGGAACGCGGCGCCCGGCGGCGCUUGGUUCGACGCCGCCCGACCACUCGUGCCUGGCGGCCGCCAGCUCCUGCUUGUCGAGUCUCCGCUCGGCGAGAGAGGCGAGGCGGCCGGGAGAGCGGGCCUCGGCGGCGGCAGCUUCGAGGCAGCCUUGCGGGAGCGGCUGGCGGGUCGGCCGGCUGAAGGGGUCGAGGCGGCCAUCGUGCGGGCGGAGAUCGCGCCGCCGCCGCCAGGCGAGGCGGGAGACGAGGCUGCGGCGGGCACGGGCGGCAGCGGCGGCGGCGCUGCCGCGCAGAUCGCCGACGGCGUCGCCUUGUUUGCUCGCGGUCUUGUGGGCGGCGCAAAGGGCUGCUUUGAGCGAGCGGCGGUGGCGAGGCUUGCCGAGGCGGAGGAGGGCAAGGAGCGCGGCAACGAGGCCUUUCGCGAUGGAGAUGGCGAGGUUCCGCCGCAGCCGUAUGCCUUCCACUACGAGGUUGGCGUCGCAGACGCAAAGGGCGACGCUGCCACCGCCGAGUUCGCGCGCAUCUUGCGGCUGCGCGCGCCAAAGCGCCGGCCCUCCAACUCGCCGCGCCUCUUCCUCGACACGCUGCAGACCUCGUGGGGGUUCCGGCACAGCCCGCGGGUGCGCCGCGCGCUCGCGCGGCUCAUCGCGUGGCUGUACCGCUGCCCGGUCGCAAAGGGGCGCUUCUCGCACUUCCCGGCCGACAACAUGAAGCCGAUCCAGCAGCGGGUGCAGCGGUGCGCGUGGCUGGUGCAGGGCGAGUGGACGGUGCCGAGCGCGAGCCACGCCGACUACGAGCGAGAGACGGGGCUCACCAUCGGCGACGGGCCCGUGGAGGACGCGUGA